AUGAACUACCACCCGGGCCAGACGUGGUCCUCGCAGCCCUCCGUGGGCCCCUCGAUUGCGACGCCGUCGUUCAGCUACGGCCACGGCCACGGCGGCCACGGCCACGGCGGCCACGGCCACGGCCACGCCGGGUCGCGCAACCAGGACCCCUCGUCGCACACGUCGCAGCCGAUCGUGACGGGCACGUCGGUCAUCGGGCUGCGGUACAAGGACGGCGUGAUGCUGGCGACCGACACGCUGGCGUCGUACGGCUCGCUGGCGCGCUUCAUGAACGUGGAGCGCAUCGCCGCCGUCGGGCCGAGCACGCUGAUCGGCGCCUCGGGCGACAUGAGCGACUGGCAGUACGUGCAGCACAUGCUCGACAAGCUCAUGGUCAAGGAGGAAAACGCCGCCGACGGCCACAUGCUGUCGCCGGCCCAGAUCUACGCCUACCUCGCCCGCGUCAUGUACAACCGCCGCUCCAAGAUCGACCCGCUGUGGAACAGCUUUGUCCUCGGCGGCGUCGACCCGCGCGACGGCAAGCCCUUCCUCGGCUACGUCGACCUCCUCGGCACCACCUACAGCGCCAGCACCAUCGCCACCGGUUUCGGACUCCACCUCGCCCAGCCCCUCCUCCGCAAGGCCGUCGAGGGCAGGGAGGACACGCUCGACGAGCAAGAGGCGCGCAGCAUCCUCGAAAACGUCAUGAAGGUGCUAUACUACCGUGAUGCGCGAUCGCUCAACAGGUUCCAAAUCGCCACCGUGACCCGGUCCGGCACGAGCAUCUCGGAGCCGUACAGCGUGCCCACCAGCUGGGGCUUUGCCGAGAUGCUGCGAGGGUACGGCCCGCAGACGCAGUAG